AUGGUUCCAAUAAGGAGGAGCAUACUAGCUCUACAACUCCUAGUCCUCUUCUUGACCACCAUAUCCUUCAAUGUAGUUGUACUAGGUGUUGCAUCUAAACACCCAUCACCACCACCACCACCUUCAGCCAUCUCCGUGGCCCCGGCAUUGGCACCAAUUGCAUUACCACCAACUAUCAUCGAACCACCACCGCCACCGCCACCGCCACCGAUAGGAAAACUACUAAUUUCCGUGGAAGGAGUAGUCUAUUGCCGGUAUUGCAAGUUUCCUGGCUAUGACAAGAUCCUCAAUGCUUCUCCUCUACGAGGUGCAUUGGCCAAAUUGGUGUGCUAUAAUAAAAAGGAGAAACGUGGGGUGGUAGUGACAACAAAGACAGAUAGAAGAGGUUACUUCUUGAUCCAAUCCUACAAGUUGAGUGGAUUUCAGUCACGUAGUUGUAAGGUUGUGGUUACAUCACCUCUUAAGGUGUGUAGCAAGCUUUUGCAUCCUGGAUUUCCACUAAGGUUUGAGAGGGUGGUUAAGGUGGGUAAGACUCAAAUCGCUUUAUUCACUGCUGGUUUCUUUGAGUUUGGUCCUCCAUAUGGCACCAAGUGUAAACCCUGAUAGAGGGAGAGAGGGAGACAAUGCUUGGCUUUUAUAGUUAGUCUUUAUUAUGAAAUAAAGAAGCUUUUCUUAGAGUUGUAAGUUCUAUAAGAUGUA